UGACCGUUGACCAGCCACAACGCCAUCCAUCGAUACGCGGAGGACGCAAGCAAAGGAAGAAAUCCUACCAUCCUUAGUGCAAGCCCCAUAGGCGGCUAUCACCAUCCAACAUCAUGACUACGGCUGAAGAACAAAAGGUAGAAGAACAAGAGCCAGAAAAGAAAGUUGUUGCUACCAAAGUCACAGGCACCGUAAAAUGGUUUAACGUAAAGAAUGGCUACGGCUUCAUCAACAGAGAUGACAAUAAAGAGGACAUCUUCGUCCACCAGACUGCUAUUGCCAAGAAUAAUCCUAAGAAGUAUCUGCGCAGUGUUGGUGAUGGCGAAGUUGUGGAGUUUAAUGUUGUCUCAGGAACCAAGGGCUUGGAAGCUUCUAAUGUGACUGGCCCAGAUGGGGAACCUGUCCAGGGUAGCAAAUAUGCUCCUGAUCGCCGUAGGAGGAACAACCGAUAUGACUACCUCUCCAACAGGCGCAAUAGGCGCCGUCCACGCCCCAGACCCAACAGUGAGGGCAAGGAAGGGGAAGAAGCCGAUCAUGAACACCAGGAGGAAAGACCCAGGGGGCGAAGACCGCCGCCGUGGUGGAGGAGGCGUCGUGGCCCACCCAGGAAGUCAGACUCCGCAGAACAUUCAGGAGCUGACAGCCAGGGUGAGGGGAACAAGCAGGAAGGCUCUGCCGAGGAGGAGCGGGAACAGCGACCAAGGCGACCUCGUAGACCUAGGUUCAGGAAAUCAAGACAACCACGCAGUGAGGGAGAGGAGGGAGAAGAGAAGAAUGGCGAAGUGAGGGAGGGUGAGGAAGCUGAGGGUGAAGAGGGUCAGAAGGGUGAUGGACCAAGACGUCGCAGGAGGUUCCGUAGAUACCGCCGCAAGCCUCGUCAGGAAGGAGAGAACGAAGGGGGCAAACCAAAUGGUGAUGUAGAGCAAGCCAAAGCCCCACCAGCCACAAAUGGUGCUGAGAACUAACCAACAGGCAGCUCAUGUGAUAAGACCACUGCUUACAAGUGUUUAAAGAUUGUAUCUGUAACAACUCCUACUGGAAUACUAUGACCAUCUCUGAAUUGAAUAAUAAGGAACUGAACAAACUAAACAAUCUACUUUGUGAGCAUUUAUAUUUGUUAGAAAAAGAUAGGUUUUACUGAAAUUUUAAACCCAUCUGAUAGAAUUUUGUUUGUAGAAUACUCUUAUGCAUACACAUUGGACCAACUAAAUAGUACUUUUGUAAUACAAUUUACCCUUCAUGUUUCCGCUUUUUUUACUGUAGCAUCUGAUGGUCAUGGUUUUUCUAUUGUUUGAGAUCGUUUGUAUUACUUUUGCAUAUUUUCCAUCUUGCUUAUAAAAUGUGUACAAGGAAGUAAGUGCUGAUUUCAAUCGUGCUGAGGACCAAUAAAAGUGCAAAAUGGA